AUGGCUCCUGUAUGGCUUCUCCUGGUGGCACUGGUGUUUGGGCUGGCUCCACUCAACUCUCUGACACAGACUACCAUUUCUAGUACCAAGAAUGAACUGACAGCUGCAUCCUUCUUGGAAGACCUCUUACAGAGAUAUGGAGAAAAUGAGACCCUGACAUUAUCGCAAAUGCAGUCUCUGCUGGAAAGGCUGGAAGUGGGGAAAGGGGUUGGAAAGUCUGGCAACUUAUCACAGUGUCUCAGUGCCUCUGUCCUUUUUGCUGCUCACAACCUGACAUCGAACUCUACAGUGGAUGCGGAGGGUCUGCAAAAUUUCUGCCCUUCAAUCCUCCAACAGUUGGAAACCCAGGCAUGUCAAGGAAGCCCUGUCCCACAGAAUGAAACCAGCGAAGAAGGGAGACCAAGCAGUGGCGAAGUGUGGGGUUAUGGAUUUCUCUGUGUCACCGUUAUUUCCCUCUGCUCCCUUCUGGGGGCUGGCGUGGUUCCCUUCAUGAAGAAAGCCUGUUACAAGCGUCUUCUCCUCUUCUUCAUUGCUCUCGCCAUUGGGACCCUCUAUUCCAACGCUCUCUUUCAGCUCAUCCCCGAGGCCUUUGGCUUUAAUCCUUUGGAGGAUGCCUACAUAUCAACCUCUGCUGUGGUCUUUGGGGGAUUCUAUCUUUUCUUUUUCACUGAGAAGAUCCUAAAAAUGCUGCUGAAGCAAAAACAUGAGCACGGUCACAGUCACUACACAGCAGAUGCCAGGAAGCGUGAUGCUGAAGAAGGAGUGACUGAAAAGCUGCAGAACGGAGACCUGGAUCACAUGAUUCCCCCUCCAGGUGGCAGCGAAUCUGACCUCCGACAACAUCUUGGUGAUGAGAAGGUUGUGGUGGGGUCCCUGGCGGUACAGGACCUCCCAGGUCAGCAGAGUUCUUGCUAUUGGCUAAAAGGGAUCCGUUACUCUGACAUUGGCACGUUGGCCUGGAUGAUCACACUCAGCGACGGGUUACACAACUUCAUAGAUGGACUGGCUAUUGGAGCCUCAUUCACAGUUUCUGUUUUCCAGGGUGUCAGCACAUCAAUUGCUAUCUUGUGUGAGGAGUUCCCACAUGAACUCGGUGAUUUUGUCAUAUUGCUAAAUGCCGGAAUGAGCAUUCCCCAGGCUCUUUUCUUUAAUUUCCUGUCUGCCUGCUGCUGCUACUUGGGCUUGGCUUUUGGGAUUCUGGCUGGCAGUCACUUCUCUUCCAACUGGAUCUUUGGCCUGGCAGGAGGGAUGUUCCUGUACAUUGCACUUGCUGACAUGUUCCCUGAGAUGAAUGAAGUCAGCAAGGAGGAUGAGGAAGGCGAUCGACCCCUUACAGCUUUUCUCAUACAGAAUGCUGGCCUUCUCACUGGCUUCGCCAUUAUGCUGCUACUUACAACGUUCUCUAGUCAGAUCCAGCUAGGAUAG